AUGUCUGCGUUCAAAUUCGACAUCCCUGAGUGGAUCGACGGGAUAGAUGCAGAAGAGGGUUACGAAGCAAAGGUCGAAGGGCCUGAUGACGGUUUCCCACAGGGUAGAACCCCGAAGUCAAAGCUGGGUGACAAGAGAUGGACUCAGCGGGAAAUUGCCGAACGCGGGAACCAGCUUUGCGACCUCGACCUAAACGCCUUCGAGAACUCCGAUCUUGCCACACUUUACGAGCACCUGAUGGAUCUGGACGAAGUACUCCGUCACCUUCAUGACGACUGGCCGAACAAACGAUACCAUGUAGGCGAUCAAGUCAUCAGGGCGCGCGUCCUUUCGUUCGAGCAAGUGGCAGCCCGACAACCUCAAGUGUUUCUCUCUACAAGAAUGCUCCAACGCCACGACCACAUCCGUUCCAUAAUCAAUAGACGCCCGCUUGGUCGGAAGCUGAGCAUGAACGAUCUCCCGAUGGAGAUCGUCGAGAGAAUCAUUGAUCACUGCGAAGAUCAUUCCAACAUCGUGGAUCACCCGGACUAUAUCGUCACGGAUUACACAGUGGAUGAGAAAGAACUCAACACGAUCAAGGCACUCCGUCUGACUUGCCAUAAGCUGAACGAAUUAUCUUCACGGCAUUUGAUACCGUCCAUAACGGUCAGCCCCACAAUAGAGUCCCUCACGCGUCUCGAGGAGGUAUCAAGACACGAAAUUUUCAGCAAAAGCGUAAAACGCGUUCAGCUUAUCAUGGGCCACUAUUCUCAAAUCCACUCGGAAGAUCCCGUAAUGUUCGCUAAUUAUGCAUUAACGACGUUGUUCUGGGCAAUAUCUGCAAGAGAACCGGAAGGUCGCGGAAUUACACCUGUUGUAGACAUCCUCUCCGCACAAGAAAACGACAGACUUUUGAGUCUGUUUGAUAGGAUACACAAGAUCAUCAGCACCCCCGAACUCGGAGAAUUUGCCUCGAGGGAGCAGGCAAUCCGAGCUGCAGCCGCUGAAAUGAGGCGCGAAACAGUGCUGUGGGAGGCAUACAGCUUCUACAGACUAAAAUAUGAGGAGUACCAAGGGCUCAUGGAUGAGGACCACUUCGUCAGACGAGCCGCGGAAGCAUUCGCACGCCUACCGAAAGCACAUCGAUUGGACGUAUACGACUACAAUCACGAGGCCACCGACUGGAGGGACAAGUACGUCGAUUCAGGCGGAGCAAUGAGCUACCAGUCCCUAAUGGAACUUCUCACGACUCCCAUGGAAUGGGACCGCUUGGCGGGAACCCUUUCAGGGCCUAAUCCCUCUGUGGACGCUCUCGGAAAGCUUCUCUCAGCACUGGGAAGAGUGGGCAUCCGUUUAAAGGUAUUGUAUAUGGACAUCACACCCCCUAACGACUUUAAGGGACUCUUUCCGGAAGAACCAGAAGCUAGAGAGCACGCGAGAGAGCUGAUGAGGGACCUCGAGUUUCUCCGCCUGUGGACCCUACCUCGGCAGCCAAUGUUCGCGUUGGAAGAUGUUGACAGCGGCAGUUUCCACAUGUGGCCGGUCCGCUCAGAUGCCAUGAUCGAAUCUUUCGACGGAUUUCUGGGCAUUUUGCUGAGUUCCAAGAAGCUGGAGUGGCUGCAGCUGGCCUUUGAAAGUCUUGCAUUUGAAGCUAGAAUGAGGGGCGCCGAGUACUAUGUCUUACCAGCUGUGAUGAAGUGCCGAGAAGUAUGUCGCCCAUGGCGGAUGGAUCUCCAGGAUAUAGGUCUAGAUUCUGGCAAGAUGGAUGCUUUCCUCGGAAACACACCCUUCGUUCUGGCACUUCAGCGUCCUCACAUGUGCCGUGGGACGUGGACGGAGGCGUUGAGCAUCAUGCGGCAAAAAUCCAAUCCGGACGACGUAAAGGAGAUGCGGCCUCCUUUGGGCUUGCCACCAGACAACUAUAAAGUCAAAGGACUGCUAGUACGCCUUUUAAUCUUUCCAAAUGGAGCUGAGUGCAAUGUCAUAAGCACGGAGAUGGCGGAGUACGAGAAGAUUUUUGGGACCGUGGGGCCGGAUCGACGAGGUGAAGAUGGCCAAGCCAUGGACUACAUGCACCACAAACGAGACGACAACCCUUUGAGCGGGUACAGCUGA